AAGUAAAGUGACGGCAACAUUGUCGCAACGGUUUGCUCAAGCGCGCGCGUGCACCUCUUACAGAUCGCUGAUCGCCGUGGGGGGGAGAGUGUGUGGAGUGGAGUGUGGAGAGAGCUUUCGGCGGGGGGCUCGAGCGUAUCUGCCCCCAUUGGCCAUUGGCCAUUAGCCGGGGCGCCUGAACCCAACCGAAACCGUUUACAGAUGCAGACCGCAAAUGCAAAAUGAAUUGCACACGACAGCAGAGCAGAGCAGAGCACAGGAAUUAAGCCAAAAAACCGCAUACCAAAAAUAAAAUUAAAAACAACAAAAAAAAACCAAGUCUAGAUAUAAAUUACGCACCACCUGCGAUGGCCAAGUCCACGGAUCCCGCCGCUGCCGGCAACCAUAUGGGAGGCCACUACCACCACAACGAGUCGCUGCAGUUGCAUCCGUCAACGGAGGCGGCGGUGGCGGCAACCUUGCAGCAUUUGCAGGUGCGACGUCAUCGCCGCAGCAUCUCACAGCUGAUGGCCAGCAUGGCCGAAUAUCCCGCGGAUGAUGUUUACCGGCCCACGAACUUUGCGGGCUACGUGAAUCGGGGCUACGAUGACAUAGACAGUUCCUAUUACUUUGCCCAGUUUGAGGCCAUGACGGAGGAGCGCAAUGGAGCUGGAGCGGCACUGCCGCCGUAUACCAACGAUUCGGAUGCCUCCGCCGAGGAGAACCUCAACGAGAAUGACGAGGAUGAGGAGGAGGAGGAGGAGGAUCGCACCGAUGAUGGCACCAUGGUGGAGCAUCAGAAUCGAUGCCUGCCCGAGUUUCAGUUCUCGCUGGUCGACUCGGAGUACGACGAGACGCUGGCGUUUCCCGACUCCGUCACCAUACUGUCGAAUGUGGGGGACAAGCCGGUGCUGGUGCAGCGCAAGGAGACCACCGACGACGAUGACGAGGAGUACGACGACGAUGAGAACAACAGCGUGGUGAUGCGCCAGGAGAUACCCUUCACGAGCAUUUACGGGCCCAGCGUCAAGUUCAAUUCGUUUCAGCGGAAAGUCUUCAUACCGGGCCGCGAGAUACAUGUGCGGAUCGUGGACACGGAGCGGAGUGUGACCACCCAUCUGCUGAAUCCCAAUCUUUACACCAUUGAGCUCACCCACGGACCCUUCAAGUGGACCAUCAAGCGGCGCUACAAACACUUCAAUUCGCUGCACCAGCAACUGAGCUUCUUUCGCACCUCCCUGAACAUACCCUUCCCCAGUCGCAGUCACAAGGAGAAGCGAACAACGCUGAAGGCCACCGCCAGCCAGAUGGCCGAUGAGUCCACGCUCAAGGAUCUGCCCGCCCACACCAAGCAGGUGAAGCAGACGAGUACGCCGCAGAGCCACAAUGGCAACAGCAGCAGCAGUAGGCAUCAGAAUGGCCCUGGCACCAUUGUCAGUCCCAGUCACAAUUCGAUUCUGUCGGGCCUCAAUCCGCGACGCAUCCAAAACAAGCGCAAAAAGAAGAAAAAGAAGAAGAAGCUGCCGAGAUUCCCCAAUCGGCCGGAGAGUCUGGUCACGGUGGAGAAUCUGGGCGUGCGGAUCAAGCAGCUGGAGGACUAUCUGUACAAUCUGCUGAACAUCAGUUUGUAUCGAUCGCAUCACGAAACGCUGAACUUUGUGGAGGUCUCCAAUGUGUCGUUUGUGCCCGGAAUGGGCAUCAAGGGCAAGGAGGGCGUAAUACUCAAGCGUACGGGCUCGACGCGACCCGGACAGGCGGGCUGCAACUUUUUCGGCUGCUUCCAGAAGAACUGCUGCGUGAGGUGCAACUACUUCUGCUCGGAUGUGGUGUGUGGCACGUGGCGCAAUCGCUGGUUCUUCGUGAAGGAGACCUGCUUUGGCUACAUUCGACCCACCGAUGGCAGCAUCCGUGCGGUGAUCCUGUUCGAUCAGGGAUUCGAUGUGUCGACGGGCAUCUACCAGACGGGCAUGCGCAAGGGACUGCAGAUACUGACCAACAAUCGGCACAUUGUGCUCAAGUGCUGGACACGGCGCAAGUGCAAGGAAUGGAUGCAGUAUCUCAAGCACACCUCCAACUCCUAUGCCCGCGACUUUACGCUGCCCAAUCCGCACAUGUCGUACGCCCCCAUGCGUGCCAACACGCAGGCCUCGUGGUAUGUGGACGGUGCCCAGUACAUGUCCGCCGUAGCCGAUGGCCUCGAAGCGGCCACCGAAGAGAUCUACAUAGCCGAUUGGUGGCUCAGUCCCGAGAUCUACAUGAAGCGGCCCGCUCUCGAUGGCGAUUACUGGCGCCUGGACAAGAUACUCCUGCGCAAGGCCGAGCAGGGAGUGCGCGUGUUUGUGCUGCUCUACAAGGAGGUGGAAAUGGCCCUGGGCAUCAAUAGCUACUACAGCAAGUCGACGCUGGCCAAGCACGACAACAUCAAGGUCAUGCGGCAUCCGGAUCAUGCGAGGGGUGGCAUACUACUCUGGGCGCAUCACGAGAAGAUUGUGGUGAUUGAUCAGACGUACGCCUUCAUCGGGGGCAUCGAUCUGUGCUAUGGCCGGUGGGACGAUCACCAUCAUCGGCUCACAGAUCUGGGCAGCAUUUCCACGGCCUCUGUGUCGGGCAGCACACGUCGCACGCCCAGCGGCUACUUCAACAAGGACGAUGUGGACUCGGCAUUUGGUUCGCGAAAGUCCUCGCGGAAUGCCCACUACGAGACCCCGCCCAAGGCGGAUGGGGCUGCCUCGCCAGAGUCGCUGGAGGAGCCGCUGCCACCCGGCAACAGCAUGGAGUUGAAGGUACUCAAGCCGGGCGAUCGACUGCUGAUACCCGCCAUGCUGUCGCCAGCCGCUAGCGAGGAUCCCGACGAGAAUAUAGCCCUGGAGGGAAUGAAGCUGAACACGCCAGAGAUGGAGCGAAAGAACAUGCUCGACCGCCUCAAGAACAACGCCAUGAAGGGGGCCCGCAUGGGCAAGGAUUUUAUGCACCGCCUGACCGCCAAUGAGACGACAAUGGACGGCAAAGAGCACGAACAGGAGCUGCCGGAGGGUGGAGGUGUCUACAGCAUAGAGACGGUGGAUGGCAGCCUGGAUCCCGAAGUGACUAUGGCUUCGUGCUCUGCCCCAGCAAAUGCCACAGCCACAGCCACACUUGCAGCCACUCUUGCUGCCACAGCCACAGCUAAUGGCAACUCCACGCAAAUACUCAGUGAAUUCUAUGGCCAGGCAAAGUACUGGUUCGGCAAGGACUACUCCAACUUCAUACUCAAGGACUGGAUGAACCUGAACUCGCCGUUUGUGGACAUUAUCGAUCGCACGACCACACCGCGUAUGCCCUGGCACGAUGUCGGCCUCUGUGUGGUGGGUGCGUCGGCGCGCGAUGUGGCCCGCCAUUUCAUACAGCGCUGGAAUGCCAUGAAGCUGGAGAAGCUGCGCGACAAUACACGCUUCCCCUACCUGAUGCCCAAGAGCUAUCACCAGAUCCGGCUGAAUUCGCAGCUGCAGCAGCUGCAACAGCGACGACAGCAGCGUGUCACGUGCCAGCUGCUGCGCAGCGUCUCCGCCUGGAGUUGUGGCUUCAUCGAGGCGGAUCUGGUGGAGCAGAGCAUACACGAUGCGUACAUCCAGACGAUCACCAAGGCCCAGCACUAUGUGUACAUUGAGAAUCAGUUCUUCAUCACCAUGCAGCUGGGCAUGGGCGUGCCGGGGGCAUACAACAAUGUGAGGAAUCAGAUUGGGGAGACACUCUUCAAGCGCAUUGUGCGGGCUCAUAAGGAACGGAAACCCUUCCGUGUGUAUGUGAUAAUGCCACUGCUGCCUGGAUUCGAGGGCGAUGUGGGUGGCAGCACGGGCAUCGCUGUACGAGCCAUUACCCAUUGGAACUAUGCCUCCAUUUCCAGGGGGCGCACUGCUAUAUUGACACGUCUUCAGGAGGCUGGCAUUUCGGAGCCCCACAACUACAUCUCAUUCCACAGUCUACGCAAUCAUUCCUUCCUCAACAGCAGCCCCAUCACCGAACUCAUUUAUGUGCAUUCCAAGCUGCUGAUUGCCGACGAUCGUGUGGUCAUCUGUGGCUCGGCGAAUAUCAAUGAUCGCUCGAUGAUCGGCAAGCGCGACUCGGAGAUUGCGGCCAUCAUUAUGGACGAGGAGUUCGAGGAUGGUCGCAUGAAUGGCAAAAAGUAUCCGAGUGGCAUCUUUGCCGGUCGUCUGCGAAAGUAUCUCUUCAAAGAGCAUUUAGGCCUCCUGGAGGGCGAGUGCGAGGGCUCUGGGCGCUCUGAUCUGGACAUCAGCGAUCCCAUUUGCGACAAGUUCUGGCAUGGCACCUGGCGACAGAUCUCCACGAGGAAUACCGAAAUCUACGACGAGGUGUUCAAGUGCAUUCCCACGGACUUUGUGAAGACAUUCGCCAGUCUGCGAAAGUACCAGGAGGAGCCGCCGCUCUCCAAGACCGAUCCAGAGAUGGCCGCCAAUCGGGCCACAGAAAUUCAGGGCUUUCUGGUCAACCUGCCAUUGGAGUUCCUCAACAAGGAGGUGCUCACACCGCCGGGCGCCAGCAAGGAGGGCGUCCUACCUACCUCUGUUUGGACAUAGUCCCUGCCAAAAGUCUUCAAGACGCCACUAGAUCGUAGUUCCCGUAGUUUUUUGUUUAGCCUUUUAACCUCCCCACCAAAUGCGUUGUUGCCAAGUCAAAAACUGUUGUAUAUUGUACAUAUGUACGCUCCUAUGAUAGAUCUACGAUACUACCAAUAGCUGAUGUACGUUUGCCCUAGGAUAGAUACCUCUAACUAAUUUAUUAUUUUACGCUGUUCGUCCACGUACGUCCCCUGGUACUCUAGAGAUCCUAUUUGUUACUACCUACCUACCUACCCUUUUUUUAUAAUGUUUAAACAGUAUUUUAGACAAUUUAAAGCGCUAUUGUUUUCAUUAAAGUGAUAUGGAUUGAAA